UUCACCAUUUCACCAGAAUCGUUUGCAGUUCUCGUUGAACCGCGCAGCGCGCAACACUCUGUGUGUGAGAUUUUUUGGGGGGUUUUUUUUGUUGGUCGCUCGAACAGGAUUUAAUCAAACGCAGCCUGACAUUUGCCAUACAGCACCCCGUGUGUCUUCCGCACUGGAUGUGGUUGUCGACGACUGGAGCUUAACGAUUCAGUUCUCAAACGAAACUCACGCAGGAUGGAGUUCUACGAGCCUGCUCCAUUGGCAUUGGGUUAUGGCAAUGAAACCCGCGAAUGGUUUGUGGACAAAUGGGACGCAUUACUCGACACGAUCGGAGAUGAUCAGGAGACGCUGUACGUGUGGGUGCUUACAUUCUACACUAACGCCAUCUACUGGAUUCUUGGUGGACUGUUUGUGUUGAUGGAUCUGACCGAGUGGCCUAAGUUUAUGCGCAAGUACAAAAACCAGCCCGGCAUGAACGAGCCACUGGACUGGGAAAAGUUUAAAAAGCUAGUGAAAACGUUACUCUUCAACCAAACUGUGGUCGGUAUCCCGACGUCUUACAUUGCGUUCAAGCUCAGCUGCAAUGGUGUACCGCCACCGAGGGCACUACCGUCGGCGUUUACGAUCGUGCGUGAUUUUGCCGUGUGUAUUACGCUGUGGGAGAUCACGUUCUACUACAGCCACCGGUUGCUACACUCGCGAUUCUUCUACAAGUAUGUGCACAAGAAGCACCACGAGUGGACCGCACCGGUGGCCCUGGCCGCCAUGUAUGCGCAUCCGUUCGAGUACGUCAUCAGCGAUCUGCUGCCGGUAUUUGCCGGCCCGGCCGUGAUGAAGUGUCAUGUUUCCACCACCGCCAUCUGGUUUGCGUUCGUUAUGGUGGACACGGUGCUCGAUCACUGCGGGUACCAUCUGCCGUUCCUUUCUAGUCCGGAAUCGCACGAUUACCAUCAUCUCAAAUUCAACCAAUGCUUUGGGCUGUACGGAUGGAUGGACUGGUUCCACGGUACCGAUUCGGAGUUCCGGAAGAAGAAACAGUUCCAGCGGCAUCAUCGCAUUGUUGGGUUUCAAUCAGCGCGAGAGCUAGUGCCGGACAACGAGCCGAUGGUGCAUGCAGUAGCGGCACUAAUGCUACUCUGCAGUACAAAAUCGUUUCUGCUCAAAAUCGAUCUGCUCCCCGACGGAUUGAUUAGCGCUCUCCCUAGACCAGUGUCCACGAUGAACCUGUCAUUCGUCCCACCGUGGAUGGCCACCGUCGUGGACGGUAACGUGUCGUACGCGAGUGCCCACGAACUUCCCGACACAUCUGACGAUGGCCCGCUGGUGCUGUGGUUCAACCAGACGUGGAACAGUUUGCUCGAUCGCAUCGGUGACGACAACGUGACGCUGUACGUCGGUUUCCUGACGGUAUACACGUAUUCCUUCUUCUGGCUCGUUGGAGGGCUGUUCGUGUUGAUGGAUCUUACCAACUGGCCAAAAGCGCUGCGAAAGUUUAAGAACCAGCCGGGUGCAAACGAACCGCUGGAGUGGGAUCGCUGUAAACACCUGGUGAAGGUGGUGCUACGCAAUCAAUUCCUGUACGGUGUCCCUACGACCUAUUUCGGGUUUAUGAUGCGGAAGCUGGUGUUUUUUGAAACACCGAAUCCACGCAUCUUGCCAUCGUUACCAAUCGUUUUCCGUGAUCUACUGUUCUGUAUCGUGUUCUGGGAGAUUACCUUCUACUACAGCCAUCGGUUACUGCACUCCAGCUUUUUUUACAAACGUGUCCACAAGAAGCAUCAUCAGUGGUCCGCUCCGGUAGCAUGGUCCGCCAUGUACGCGCAUCCGUUCGAGUUCAUCAUCAGCGAUCUGCUUCCGGUGUAUAUUGGGCCGGCGAUCAUGAGCAGCCACGUGUUGACAUUCGUGCUGUGGUUUACGUUCGUCAUGAUGGAUACGCUGGUGGACCAUUCCGGGUAUCAUCUGCCGGUGCUCGGUAGUUCCGAAAUGCACGACUUCCAUCAUCUCAAGUAA